UUCCGGCUAAACGGAAGUGGUUAUUGUUGCGGUCUUUACCAACGUUAGUAUGUGGGAAAUGAGGGCUGCUAUAUAUAUGAAAAUCAGUUAGCUCCGUUUAAAACCGUAUUUUAUUUCAUUAAGAAUAUUUGAGGUAUCGUUAUUAUUAUUUCCCCUGAACUAACCGCUAGUUUGUUAGCAUCAGCAGCCAUGCCGUCCUAUUCUGAAUUAAGGAAAACAAACCACUUCUACUACUUCAUCAAAUUCACCUUAAACAUCUACUCAAUGCUGUUUUCGCUGAUGGGGCUCUGUGUGCUGUGUGUGGGGGUCUACGCUGAAGUGGAGCGGCAGAAGAACCGGACCCUGGAGGGCCUGUUCCUGGCCCCCGCCGUGGUGCUCAUCCUGCUGGGCCUGGUGAUGUUCACCGUGUCCGUGGUGGGCAUGGUGGGCUCCCUGAGGGACAACAAGACCCUGCUGCACAUGUUCCUCUGUGUCCUCUGUGUGUUGCUGCUCCUCCAGGUCAUCGGGCUCACCCUGGCUCUCAUCUUCGAGAACAAGACUUCGGCCCUGUUUCAGAGCAGUAUACGAGAAGGAAUCAAACACUACUACGACGAUCUGGACUUCAAGAACAUCCUGGACUACAUGCAGCAAAAGUUUUCCUGCUGUGGAGGGGACGAGUAUAAGGACUGGGGGGUGAACCAGUACCAUUUCUGUAAUGGUACCGGUCCUUUGGCCUGUGGGGUCCCUUACACCUGCUGUGUCCGUCAGAAGGUAGGAGAGGUCGUCAACACUCUGUGUGGCUACAAGACCCUAAAUCUGGAUCAACAGCGUGAAACCCUGCACGAGGUGAUCCACGUGCGCGGCUGCAUCCACGCAGUGAACCUGUGGAUGAGCGACAACGUAGGAAUAACGUUGGCUCUCUGCUGCGCCAUCGGCCUGCCGCAGCUGCUGGGCAUCAUCCUGAGCUGCGUCUUCUGGAACCUGCUGGUGGACAUGAGCGAGUCCUCAGACAUGGUGGACUUCAAGCUGAAGAAGAAGGAGGUGGAAUACAGCGAGCUGGACCUGGCCGGCGCCGGCUGGUGCAUGUGUCUGCCGAGGGACGGUGGCUACCUGCCCGUCCCCGUCGUCGAACCCGACCUGGACCCCAUCGACGUCCACCUGCAGAAGCUGAAGAAGCAGCCGCCGCGCACACACUCGCAGCUCCAGAUGCUGCAGGUGUCGCACUCCUCCUCGGGGCUGGACGAGGUGGACGUCGGGCGGAAGCAGAAACGGGAACACUGAGCGCCUUUUUCUGGGUGUUUUGCCUUUUUUUUUUUCGUGGUUGUAAUUGUUGGAGUUGUGUUGCACUAACUUUUCGGUUUCCGUCAUUGGAUCAAGCUUAAAGGGAUCAGAAGUACUUUGAAUAUGUUUACAAGAAGGAAAAAAAGAAGAAGCGACAUGCAACAUUGGCUUUAUAAAAUAAUGUUUUACUUUUUCUUGUUUGUAGCGGUUGAUAUUUAAAGUUUUAUGUCAUUAUAUCACUUUUAAUUUAUUUUCUCUAUGGUGCGUUCACACCGGAUGCAAGGCUUAUUUAAUUGCGUGGCUUGAUUUUAAAUAUUAAUUCAAUGCAAAGACUCUAAAAAAUCUGACAGAAGUCGCUGCUUCUUCCCUGUCACAUGUUAAAACGGAUUACCUAAAUGCUAGCUUAGCAUUUCCUUAACCGAUCUGAUUUCCCUUCCGACAACAAGCAUCUUUUAAAUAUAGAUGGAUAGACCUGAGAAUGCAAUCACACCGUCAUAGUAAACAUUAUUGAUUCAGCCACUUGUGACUUGUUAGAGAAAUAGUGUCUGUGUCAUAAAAACAACGGUUGCUAACAUGUAAUUCCAAAACACAUGCUAGCCGCUGUGUUAGCAUGCUAACAUAAACACAAUGACAGAGAUCGUGUUCUUAGCUUAGCCUGUUAGCAUGCGAUGAACGGGUAAAUAAAGUACUGUAGAGAUAAAUACUCAAACUUUUUGUGGGAUAGGGAGAUGGAUAAUCCCCGUCCAGCUUUGAACCGUAAUGUUAUUGACACCGGUCAGGAAACUGCAAAAGAAAAAGAAGAACAGGACACUAAAGAUCGGGAAUGAGUCAGCUUUUUUGCAAAUCAUCUUAAGGUCAAUUUUUGGGAUAUGUUAUUGAUUAAAAGGUUAA